AUGUCUUCGCAGAACUUGGUCACGGAUCCUCACGCAUACACAAGCAAAGACCUUCUUCUCCUAACACAGCUUUUGCAUGGAGAAUCACUAAUACAACCAGAGGAGGUUGUCAAUGCAGACCUUUCAGAUAUUGGAAAGCAAUGGUUUGAGCACAAAAGCACCCAGCUUUCACGUGGUAUAAAGGAAUUUCCUCUCUCAAAGGCACCUUCAGGGCCGCAGGUGCUCAAGCUUUAUGAGAAUAUGCUUGAAGAGAAUGAGAAGUGUUCAACGACCACCGAUUUGGCGAACAAUUACUAUUUUAAGAGAGUGGCGGAGUUGGAAACAAGGUUAUCACAAGACAAGGAUCGGUUCAAGCAUUUGUUGGAGUAG